AUGGCUGGAGUUCCUGAAAUGAAUUUCUGCGAGCCGGCUCAUCCCCCACCACCUGCCGCAACAUUUCAAAACCUGAGCGCUACUGAAAAGGCUCAAAAGCGUUUCUCGCUGACUGGGAAAUGUGCCGCCGCUCGAGGUCUUGGCUUGACCAUACCGGAGGGCUUUCUCGAACAUGAUGCCGCAGCUAUUGCGUUGCUAGACCUAGACGAGGAGGAGGGGCAGAAGGCGGUGCACACGCUGCACUUGCGCUUUCCCGAGAGGCAGACGAAUAUAAUCUUCCGUCCCACCGACAUAAUAGACGCAGAGAGCCUGGGCAAGAUCAUUCAUGAAAUUGCCGAGUCGUUUGGAAAGCUAGAUAUACUGGUAUGCUUGACAGGCAUAGUCAACUCUGUAAGGGCCACCGACUAUUCCCUAGACUCAUUCCGAAAAAGCUAUGAUAUGAGCACAAGCGGGACUUUCUUAACAGCUCAAGCCGUUGGUCGGGAGAUGAUUACGCGCAAGACUGGAGGAUCCAUCAUCCUCACUGCAGCAACGGCGGGCCAUAUUGCCAACAACCCACAGACCCAUGUGGCUUAUGACACCUCUAAAGCGGGUGUGCAGCACAUGACAAAUUGCUUAGCUGCUGAGUGGGCUGAGUACGGUAUUCGAGUCAACUCUUUGUCGCCGGGAUACCUGGACAGUGGACUUAACGCCACAGAUGAUUUGGCCAAUCUACUACCCACAUCGUUUGAAAAGAUACCAAUGGGAAGGAUGGGCCUCCAAGAAGAACUGACUGGCCCAAUUUUACUUCUCGCUAGUACAGCCGGUAGUUUCAUGAAAGGCUUUGAUUUAAGAGUCGAUGGUGAGCUCGCUCUAGAAUUCCUCACGCCCUUUCAAGGUUAA